GUGACACAAAUGGCACAAAUGGCGAAUGGCCCCGUGACGUUCGUCACGUGCCUCGCUCUCGUUCCAUCCUCUCCCUCAGUUUCUCGGCGCAGAUUCCAUGACGUCACAAUAAUAAAUGGCCAAAAUUGAAAUACGUUAAUAUUGUGAAUUCGGUGCAUAUUUGAAUAUUACAAAUAUAUAUAAUUAUAUUUUACCUGAAUUAUAUUUCUCUAAAGUGUGCUUUAUGGAAUUAAUUUUUCAUUUUCUGCGGUACCCGCACCUGUACGCAUGCCGCUCGUCCUCGGCGCUCUCUGCUCUUCCGCCUGGAAUACGGAUUACAUUUUCGGCCCCCCAAUUUCUUGGAUUUAAACAUUGAAACAAGCAACUUCAGUGAAAUUUCAAGCAACACAAGACAACAAGAUGCCAUCGGACGCCAAAAAGAAGCGCGAAGCCAAGAAGAAAGAGGCGUUGAAGAGCAGAAACCAACCAAAGAAGGCGGUCAAGAAUGAAACCAACGGCGACGCACGGGAGAUCAUCGAGAACGGGGACGCGGCCGAGCUGAACGGCAUCAACGGCAACGACAUCAGCGAUGCGGAGCGUGAGCUGAUCAGGCGUCUGGAGGAAGACAUGCGCCUGAACGCGGCCGCCCGGGCAUGCACGGGGGUGCUGGCGGUGCACCCGCGCUCAAGGGACGUCAAGAUUGACAACCUGUCUAUCACCUUCCAUGGGGUGGAGAUACUCACCGACACCAAGCUGGAGCUUAACUGCGGGCGCCGCUACGGACUCAUUGGCCUGAACGGCAGUGGCAAGUCUACGCUGCUGUCGGCAGUCGGUCGGCGCGAGGUGCCCAUCCAAUCCCAGCUGGACAUCUACCACCUGACCCGGGAGAUCGCUCCCAGCGAGAAGACGGCUCUUCAGGCCGUCCUCGACGUGGACGAAGAACGCAAGCAGCUCGAGAAGCUCGCCGAGGAGCUGGCCCACCUCGAGGACGACGAGGCCCAGGAGCAACUCCUGGACGUUUACGACCGCCUGGACGACAUCUGCGCCGACAAAGCCCAGAUGAAGGCGGCCUACAUCCUCCACGGCCUGGGCUUCACCCCGGCCAUGCAGACGAAGAAGUGCAAGGACUUCUCGGGAGGCUGGCGCAUGCGCAUCGCCCUGGCGCGCGCCCUGUACGUCCGUCCGCACGUGCUCCUUCUGGAUGAGCCCACCAACCACCUGGACUUGGACGCCUGCGUGUGGCUGGAGGAGGAGCUGAAGACCUACAAGCGUAUCCUGGUGAUCAUCUCGCACUCGCAGGACUUCAUGAAUGGCGUGUGCACCAAUAUCAUCCACCUGGACAACAAGCAGCUCAAAUACUACGGUGGGAACUAUGACGCGUUUGUCAAGACCCGCAUCGAGCUGCUCGAGAACCAGAUGAAGCGCUACAACUGGGAGCAGAGCCAGAUUGCCCACAUGAAGAACUACAUUGCCCGUUUCGGUCAUGGCAGUGCCAAGCUGGCGAGGCAGGCACAGAGUAAGGAAAAGACCCUGGGAAAGAUGGUGGCUGCCGGGCUGACCGAGAAAGUUGUCAGUGACAAGACGGUGCAGUUCUACUUUCCAUCCUGCGGACCCAUUCCGCCCCCUGUGAUCAUGGUGCAGAAUGUGUCCUUCCGGUACAGCGACGACGGGGCCUGGAUCUACAAAGACCUGGAGUUUGGCAUUGACCUGGACACGCGGGUGGCCCUGGUGGGACCCAAUGGAGCCGGCAAGUCGACUCUGCUCAAGCUGCUCUGCGGCGAACUUGUUCCGAGCGAUGGCUUGAUCCGGACCCAUUCCCACCUGAAGAUUGCCCGCUACCACCAGCACCUCUCCGAACAACUGAACCUGAACAUGUCUGCCCUGGAGUACAUGAUGACCAGCUUUCCAGAGGUGAAGGAGAAAGAAGAGAUGCGCAAGAUCAUCGGACGCUACGGCCUAACUGGCAGGCAGCAGAUAUGCCCGAUCCGCCAGCUGUCGGACGGCCAGCGCUGCCGGGUGGUGUUUGCCUGGCUGGCGUGGCAGGUGCCCCACCUGCUGCUGCUGGACGAACCCACCAACCACCUGGACAUGGAGACCAUCGACGCCCUGGCCGAGGCCAUCGCAGAGUUUGAUGGUGGCAUGGUGCUUGUCAGCCACGACUUCAGGCUCAUCAGCCAGGUGGCUGAAGAGAUCUGGGUGUGCGAGAAACAGACUGUGACGAAGUGGAAGGGCAACAUCCUUAGCUACAAGGAGCACCUCCGGAAGAAGGUGAUGGCCAGUGCCGAGAAGCCCAAAUAACCCUGUCCCGGUUUUCUAGGAUGCUUUUGUUUCCUCGUGAAGGAGAACAUGCACGUGUGCGUCCCCACUGCUUUCAUUCUUUCGACCGAAGCGCCCGUCAACAUCUCGGUCCACUGUAUGAAUACCCCCCCCCCCUCUUUUUUUUUCACUGUGGAAAUAAAACGAGUCUUUGACGAA